AUGCCAUACCUUUCAAUAGGUAUUUGGAUUUAUGUAAAGCUCGAUGUUGAGCAACGUUUCGCAAAACGCUUCUGCGCCUCCGCCGACUACAAUACCGUGACAACUGUUGAAGGUAGCUCUUUAGCCUACAACGUGCAAAGAGAGGCGCCUUAUUACAAUGGGCCUAAUGAUCCGUACCCGAUUGUGUACAACUACAACGUUCCUCAGGAGCAUUCGCAGAGGCUCUUCUGGGGUAGCGGUCAGGGGAGUAACCAAGUGGGCGGCACAGGAUUUUGGGCGACAUUGACCAAUAAGUUUCCCUUCUUAGGCAACAUGUUCGGUCGUAUGGAAUUACCAAGAGAAUACGGCGUACCGAGUCAGUUUAAUAAUCCUAUUCAGUACUCCUUGCAAGAUUUCUACCAGGGAAGAGUGUACCAGCCCGGUUUCGGCCAAAGAGUGCCAUUCAGCAGGGAUGUGGCCGUCACUGAUGACGCAGUUAUCGUGACCCCACCUCAAGUUCCGAUAGCUCCGCAGCCUUUACCAGCACCGGUUCCCCAGCCAGCCCCAGUGCCACAGCCGCAGCCGUCCCCGGGCUAUCAUUACGAUAAGCCCACAAAUAGACUGGAACUGCCACAGAAGUAUUAC